UUUUUGGAAAUUUUUGUUUUGCAAAAUAUCGAUACGUCUGUUGUCUGUGGUGUGGUUGUUCGGUUGUUGAUGAAGCGACGGAGGCAGAGGGUCAGACGCGCUAAUUACGUCAUAAGAAUCAAAGAAAAUUCAAGGUCACGCUAGCUAGCGCGCAGCAAACAUAGAGCUAUUAGAUUUCGUUACGAUUUAUCAAAAAUAAAACCUAUGGCCAGCGUGCGCACAAAGCAAAAACAGUACACAUUCAUUUCUUAUAUAUGUAUGUAUGUAUGUAAUUUAGCCUGCGCUCGUACUCAUGUGUAUGUGUGUGUUAGUGCUUUUCGCGACUGUAUAAUUACAUGCGUUGUUGCUGCUGCUUUUGUAAGCAGCGAGAGCGAACGCAGCGCAGCUGUGAUAGAGAAAAGAGCGCGAGAGCGCGCGCUUAAGCAAACGAAGAAAUCACAACAGUUAAAAUAUAUACAAAAAACUCUAAACGGAAGUGCACAUUUAAAUAAAUACCUUCUGAUAAUUUUCCAAAUCAAAUUAUAGAUAGAUAUAGAUUUGAACUAAAAUAUUGUUGUUCUCUUAUGAAUAUUGUUGCAGCAGUACCAUGUAUAUAUGUACAAUGUGUGCAUAUGUGUAUCACAGUGUGGCAUAGAAACCCCCGAGCGUCGCCGCCACACGCAAAUAACACAUACAGACACACACACAAACACAUGCGCGCCGCCACAACACUUGAGGAAGGCGCCCCCGAAAAGAAUAUUGUACAUAAAUUUUAAUUAACGAAAAAACGUAGCCCGAACCAAAAAAUAAAAGAAAAACAACAACAGUAACAUCGGAAAAGGCAACGGGACAGCAAGAGAACAACAACAAAAAGAAAACGAAGCAAAAAUCAAUAGCGGCCAGCGAUAAAAAGUGUUGUUAUCAGCUUGUUUUCGUCACAUUGCUUUUAGAACUGAAAUUGUUGUUGCUCUUGGAAUAUUUGUCUUUCGGCGACACACGCAUCGCUGUCAGCGUUGUGAACCAGUCAGCAUAGUCAACGGCAGCUACAAUGUCGGUCCAGCAGUUUUGCCUCCGCUGGAAUAACCACCAGCCGAACUUUAUAUCUGUGUGCUCCUCACUGCUUCACAAUGGGACAUUGGUGGACGUUACGCUUGCAGCGGAGGGCAGGCAAUUGCAGGCUCACAAAAUAGUUUUAUCCGCAUGCAGUUCGUACUUUCAAGCACUCUUCACAACGAAUCCGUGUCAGCAUCCUAUUGUAAUACUUAAGGACGUGCAGUACGAUGAUCUCAAGACGAUGGUCGAUUUCAUGUACUAUGGGGAAGUUAACGUGUCGCAGGAGCAACUGCCGCAUAUACUCAAAACGGCCGAAAUGCUCAAAAUUAAGGGCCUGGCUGAGAUGCCCACAGACCCUGCCAAUCUCACCAAGUCCGACAGUAAAUCAUCGAGUGAGGGCACCGAGUUGGUUGGUGGUCAAAGCGGUGCUAAUGUUGCGAGCAGCGGCACAGCUGCCGGAAGCUUAGGGGCCGGCAGUGCCAACAGUGUUGGUGACUCGAUGUGGAGCAGCAGCGAGGCCCAACAGUUCCAGCAGCAACAACAACAGGCGCAACAGCAACAGCAGCAUCACCAUCAUCAGCAGCAACAGCAGUUGCAACAGCAGCAGCAACAACAACAGCAACAGCAGGCGCAACAACAACAGCAACAACAUCACCACCAUCAUCACCACCAACAGCAGCAACAACAACAGCAGCCAGGCAACCAGUCGCAAACGCCUCAAUCGCAUCAUCAUCAGCUAAGGCGGACGCCAUCACCAUUGGGUGCGGGCACCUCGCCGGCAACGCGGCGCAAGCGCUUGAGGAAAUCUUCAAAUAACGGCUCUGGGGAACGCAAUAAUUCAGAUGAGCAGCACAAUAGCUCCAUGGAUGCAGGCAGUGCUGCCGGCAAUGCAGGUCUCAGUCUUGCACAGAUGAGUCAAAUGUCGUUUGGUAGCGGGACUAAUACAGCAUUGGGCAAUCUUACCGGACAUUCGUUACAUGCUGCGAAACUGCUUAAAGAAUCUGCCAGCACUGAAUUGGAUCAACAGCCGCAGGAUUCGGAUUUGGAUGAUGGUCAUGGACACAUACAUAUGCAAAUUAAACCUGAAGUGGAUAUCGGUGGUGUGAAUCAAUCGAUUCCUCUGGACAUUUCAGGCGCAACAACACCUUCAGAACAUGAUGCCCCCAAUUCCCAAUCUUCGCAUUCGGAGCCAAGCACGGCGCAUACGCAUCCACUUUCGCACUCCUCACUGGUAGCCGCCAACAGUAGCAGCAGCAGCUUCGAGCGCACAUCUAGCAUCGGCGGUCAUAACGAGUCGGAGGCUGAGGCGGCAACUGAUCUGCAAGUCCCGCAAUCUGCCGGGAUGAUGGGCACCAAGAGGAAUCGCGUCCUAACGCGACAACCACGUGUGAAACGCGACAGCGACAGCCUCUCAUCUACGAAUCAAAUUUCGCCGGACACUGGAGCUAACACGGCCAUGCUCGACUUUGAUCCAUUUAAUGCGGCAGGGGUCACAACAGCCACUGACUACUCGACCGGAGGACCCCAUCAACAUCAACACCACCAAAAUCAGCAUCAGCAGUCGCAUCAUCAUCAUCAUCUGCUGACAGUGCCGCCGCGCAUGGAGCGUCACGCUUCGGAGCCGGCGCCCAGCUUGAUAUCGUCGUCAUCAUCAUCGCCGCAUCUGCUCACAGUACCACCAAGCACACCGUAUCUGAUUAAACAGCACUCGGAUCCGCUACUGCCGCGUCAACAUUCGUUGCACGCCAGUGGCAGUGGAAGCAUCACGACCGGCAGCAACCCAUUUGCCCCCCUCACUCGCCAAUACUCACACCCACUGCCUGGCAGCAAUGCCGGAUAUGUGCCGCCCGCUCCACUGCACCUUCCACAUCAUAUCUCGCUGCCCGAACCGAUCUAUGCAUCUGGUUCACCGCCUCCGGCAGGCUCAUCGCAGUACCUUGUACCGACCCGUGUCCUAGCCCCCGCCUCAUCCAGUGAGGCGGCCGCAACGCCCGCCAUUGCAAGUACCGCUGCCGUCUCCGUGGUCACAUCGCCUACAAUUGGCCUAAACAGUAGCAGUUGCCGCCAAUCCUUUUCGCCCACGUUCGCGGGUAGCGCCGAGUCCGAACGCCGUUCGCCAUACUCUCAGCACAUUGUUAUAGAGCGUAGCGCCAAAAACGACGCUGGCCAUGGCGGAGGCGCGAAGCUGCGCAGCUCAAAGUCUGCAUCAGGUGUCAGUAGCAGUGGAACGCAUCUGCAUCCCGGCCAGCCGACGACGAGUAGUUCAUUUGAGCAUUUGCCCACGCUGCGAGUGAAGAACGAGGAACUACAGCGGUCGGUGUCAUCCCCGCAGACGCAACGCGAAAUAAUUACCUUGGAAAAUCCACGUUCUAGUCAUUGCCCUGUAAUACGUCCCGGUCCGGCACUGGGGUGCAAUUUUUGCUGGAACACCAUCGACGGACAUGGUCGGAUUUUGCGACGCAAAACCAAAUACCACUGUCCCGAGUGUCAAACGAAUUUGUGCAUUGUGCCCUGCUUCCAGGAGUAUCACGAGCGGCUAAACAACGAGGCAGCCGCGGGCACCAAUGAAAAUCAGAUCAACAGUAGCAGCAGCAGUAGUAGCAGCAAGGGCUCGGCGUACGCAACGACUGGCGGCGGUGGUGCGGCGCGCCACUACACCAAAACCGAAUCGAUAGUUGUAAAUCACCUCAAAACGAUUUUCGCGGCACGGCACAUCCAUGCCGGCAAUGUCAACCAAAUUGGUGAACUGCGCCUGGUGAUGAUCCUUCAGGAAUUGCAGCACGGGCACCACACCUUCGGGUGCAAUGAGAACCUCGAGCUCAUCACCAGCGGUAAGCUGGACCUUUUGCACAUACUUAGGCAAACAUUCGGCGACAUAGCGACCAAAAUCCGACAAAUGGGUUCGAGCAACUGCAUCUGGCUUGCGCACAGUGGCUGCAAGGAACUAGGAAGCUGCCGUACUGGACAAGCGAUGCGAAAGAGCGCUGACACUUGGCAAAACUACGAACACGAAACAACGGAUUACACAGCCCAUUGCUAUUUCGUAGCGUUUCGCGUCGCGUUCUAUUUUGUGCAUUUGGAAAUUAAACACACAGAUUGGAAAAAAACACAACAAACGAUGAAUCAUCUAAAAUGGAUGGGCCACAUGUCCACAAUCAUGGAUAUACAACGCUCGCUCUAUACAGCACGCCCUUCUCUCCGCGAUGACACUGAAACAUGUGAAGUAACGCUGGUGGCCAAAGACGGAAUCAGUGUUCGCGCCCAUCUCUUCGUGCUUAGCACUUGCAGCGAUCUGAUGCGCAGUCUGCUGGUCGAUGUUCCGGCGGGUCAGGAGGCCACUGUAGUUCUGCCGGAUAUACGGGGAGAAAUGCUUGAGAGCAUGAUGUCGUUUAUUUAUAUGGGCGAGACCACAUUGCAAUCCACGUACUUGACAGAGUUUUUAGAGGCUAUCAACUUGAUGGGAAUCAAAUCGGCUAUUAGCUUCGAAUGCAAUUCAGCAUCAGCGAUGAAUACUUCGACUGCAGCAGAUGAACAUUUGGCUAUGGAGGCGGCAAAAUCAAUUACAGGAUUACAAAUCGCACAGGCCGAGCUACUGGAGGAAGAAGAAGAGCCACCAUCCACUGAUGUUACUGACAAAUUGGAAGGUGGUGCUGAAAUGGAUGACCCUCAGCAACAACAGCAACAAGAACAUCACCACCAGCAGCUGCAGAGUGGCCGACAAGUAGAAUAUAUAGAUGUGUAUACUGAUCAGCCAAAGAUAACAUACUCGAUUGAGCAUAUGGGCGGUACAACUAGUGGCAAUCAGUAUAUAUUGACAGAGAACACUGGCACCUUCACAAUCACACAGUCGGCAGCACCCGCUACCAAAAUGGACACAAACAUUGGUUCUGUAAAUGAAGUGGUUGCCUCCAAUGUAUCGGGGAAUUUAAUGGACGAUGAUGCUGAAGAUGUAGCUGAUGAUGUUGACGAGUCCAAUUUAAUUGAGGAAGAAUAUGUGGGGGAGACAGAUCCGCUUAUAGAGAUGUCCACAAAUGCGCGAAUGGACGAACCGGACGGUGAUGACAUGCAAGACUCGGACACAAAGGAGGAGCACAUGAUUGAGCUAAAACCGCGAAAAUGGUCGGGAAAGCAUAAACUACGACGCUCACGAGGACACAAGAGCAAACAGCAACAAUUUGCGGAACUAAAAAGUGAAGCUAAGGCUGAAGCAAACGAUGCUCUCGAAUUGGCGGCACAUGCCGUUCUUCAAGAAGGGCUUAGCCUUCAGAAAGCCGCCGACCGCUUUGAGAUCUCAAAAACUGUGCUGUGGCGUCGUGUACGAAACAAUCCCGAGUACAUGAAACACAAUCGGGAAAAACCUUCCCUAUCGGAGGCGUACGAGCGUCUAAAGAACGGCGAUUCGCUUAAGAGUAUUAGUCAAGAUCUCCACAUACCCAUGUCAACGCUGCAUCGGCACAAGGUGCGGCUCGCAGCGCAAGGACGACUCCCAGACUUUGUGGCUUGUCGACGACGCGAUACCACACCCAAGGAUGAGUUGCGCGACAAAUUAGCCAAAGCUGUGCAUGCGUGUAUACACGAGGGCAUGUCACAGAAUCAUGCCGCUAAUCUAUUUGAGAUCCCCAAGAGUACAUUAUGGCGGCAUCUGCAACGACGCGUCGCCGAGGCUGAGCAGAAGGUGAAACAUGAACAAGACGACGAAGAUGAGGAAGAAAUUCUUGCCUAGGGCAUUUACUAUAAAUCCACAAGUAUAAUUAAUAAGUACAUGCAUACAUAUGUAUAAAAAUCGUUUACUUAAAUAUUAAACAGAUAGGAUUAAACAAAAA